AUGGAAAAAGUGGAAGACAUGACGCAUUCCUACGCCCUCGCCCCUCUAACUGACCAAUAUAUGGUCCAAGUAGAAGACAUGGAAGACGAACACGAUCAAUUGAAAGCGGAAAAUACCGAUGAUUCCAAUCACGAUGGCGAUAAAACGGGAAUACCGCUUAGAGAACAGGACAGAUUCCUUCCCAUAGCCAACGUCGCUAAAAUAAUGAAAAAGGCCAUACCGGAUACUGGCAAAGUAACGAAUAAAAUAGCCAAAGACGCCAGAGAAUGCGUACAAGAAUGCGUUUCGGAAUUCAUCAGUUUCAUCACCAGCGAAGCGAGCGAAAGGUGUCACAUGGAAAAGAGAAAAACGAUCAACGGCGAGGACAUUUUGGUGGCGAUGAGCACGUUGGGCUUCGAUAAUUACAUCGAACCUCUCAAAGUAUAUUUGCAAAAAUACCGAGAAGCCGCCAAAAGCGAUAAGAACCUAACGGGUGACGGUUUGUACGAGGAAGUAUCGGAAGAGGCUUUCAAUUCCAGCGGGACUAAUCUGCUUACAAGCGAAAACGGGAGUACAGAAACCGUUUUGUACGCCUACCAGGACAGCACGAAUACCAUUCAACAGUUUCAAUUGGGGUAG